CUCUGUUCAGUGUGACAAAGCCCAUGAACAAUGUCCAGCGCUGGAGGGCUGUUUUCCACAGGCCGGGCUACAGCUGUUUUAUCUUACUCCUGCUGGGGAGCCAGCUGCUGUGGGAAUUCCUGAGAGCGGCAUAUGAUCCCGUCAGCACAACACAGACUCUUUCCAAAACACUCGCCGCCACCCAACGAGGAGCAAUGACGGAGAUACUGGAAAGCAAGCCGUUCGGCUCCCAAUUUACCAACGUGUACCUCAGCAUAUUCGCGCUCUUUUGCUUCAAGCUCUUCGUCAAGAUCAGCCUCAAUAUCCUCACCCACUUCUACGUCGUCAAAGGCAACCGCAAGGAGGCCGCUCGGAUCGCCGCCGAGUUUUACGAUUUUGGUCAAGGACACAGGUCAUGGGCGGACCGCUCCCCGCUCCACGAGGCCGCGUCCCAAGGUCGACUCCUGGCCCUGAGGACUCUGCUGUCACAGGGUUACAGUGCAAACAUCCUCACCAUCGAUCAUGUGACUCCUUUACAUGAAGCCUGCCUUGGAGACCAUGUGGCCUGUGCCAGAGCACUCAUUAACGCCGGAGCAAACGUAAACGCCACCACCAUAGACGGGGUGACCCCGCUGUUCAACGCCUGCUCCGCGGGCAGCGUGACCUGCACAGAGGUGCUCCUGGAGCGCGGUGCCAAACCCCAGUCCGAAAUAUGCCAGCCCUCCCCCAUUCACGAAGCCACCAGCAAAGGCAGAAGCGCGUGCGUGGAGGCUCUCAUCGCGUGGGGGGCUGAUGUGGACUACGACAUUCCUCACCUGGGGACCCCGCUGUACAUCGCCUGCAUGUCCAAGGAGCUGCAGUGCACCCACGUUCUGCUCGAAGGGGGAGCAAACGUACAGAAAGGAAGGUUCCUGGAGACGCCUCUGCACGCCGCCGCGCAGAAGGACUGCCCGGAGGUCAUGAAGGCGCUGCUGGAGUUCGGCGCCAACAUCAACUCGAAGAACCUGGAGCUGAAGCGUCCGGUGGAGACAGCGCCCCCUAGCAGCCUGGCUGAGGGGUUGCUCCUGCUCUAUGAAGCCACGCCCCGCUCACUGUGUCAGCUGUGUCGCCUGAGCAUCAGGGAGUAUGUGGGCCGGUCCAGACUGCACCUCAUUCCACAGCUUCAACUGCCCACCUUGCUAAAGAGGUUCCUGCAAUACAGAUAGAACAGAGCCACCACCACCCUCCCCCCACUCUCUCUCUAUCUCUCUAUCUCACUCUCUCUCUAUCUUUCUCCCCCUCCAGUGAGUCUUUUCCUCCCUCAAGUGCAUUUAAUACCUUCAUAUAUUUUGAGCCUGUUUUUUUUUACCCUGAGCCACACCCAUCACUAAAAUGUAACUCUAUAACUGCACUCUCAUUACAUGCAACAAAGGAAUAAACCUGGCACUAACAUACUUGAAUUGUACAAAAAAAUAUCCUUUAAAAUGUAGGGCAAGGUGUGCAAAUAGUAAUUAGCCUGUAAGUUACUUUGGAGUGUGAUAUGUGUUUUCCUUAACUGUGAAUGGCUUAUUUAAACAAUAGUUGUGCCCCCCACCCCCCAAAACAGCUUUAAACUUGGAACAUCACAAGUGUAAACUCUGUUUGUGCUUUAUUAUUGUGUACAGUAUUAUGCAUAAGAAUGACUCACUUCUCAAUAAGAACCAUUCACUUAAAAGCAUUGUUCAAAGCAAAGGAGAAAGCUCAUUGCCUGUAUGCUGAAUGUGCCUCUCUGGUGUCGAGCCAACAGUCUGUGCAGAUAUACGUGUUGUUACUGUCAGCGUUAAUGUUUGUCUUUGUCUCCUCUGUGUUUCUCUGGGUUCUGUUACUGUUCUGGGGUAACAGUGUGUCAUUGUUUCCUUUUUGUGCUAAAUAGCAUUGAUGUGUUACUUAGCUACAGUAUCAUUAACACUCUGAAAACACACCUAUUUUAUAUAUCUCGUGUCAUAUUAUAUGUUUAAUUCACUUACAAACUUAAUUGUCAGCACAUUUAUAAAAACUGUAUCCAAUAUAAGGUGUGAACACCUGUGUACAUGUAGUAGAACACAGUAAACUUUUAGCCUGCCUUGCCUUCAAGAGCUCAGCAGCGAGACCUGAUGACUAUGUCUGAGGGAUUUGUAAGGGAAUUCAGUGUUUCAUGCUCAAAUUAAUGCACUGUAUUUAUGACAACGAGCCAGCACUCUUAACCAGCUCUCUAUAUCAUUGACCCUGCUACAAUAGCUUGUUCAGGGUGAUCCAUAUGAUCUGUGAAUUAAAUCAGUUUGCAGCGUAACUCCUCUUUACCAACCAACGUCAGUUUCUUUAAGCCUGUGGAAAUCAUCUUGACCUCUAAAAAGACAACAUCCUAAAAUGUAAAUUCAAAUAUAUAUUCACAGAUACGGCACAUAUUAAAAUAAUGUCACUUUAAUAUGUUAUAUUCUGCUUACAGUGCAGAUUGUGAAAAAAAUAUAUACACUGUGAUAUGCUGUACAAUAAAUGCACAAUAUCACACAUUCUCAGUUUCAUUUUUAAUAUGCCUUGUGUUUUUCGUAUAUAAAGGAAUGCAAUACCCUAUAUUGUUCUUGAUACAUUGUCCAUGUUUUGACAUAUGUUUUUCAAGUUGUGUUCUUUUUUGUGAAAUACUUUUUUGCCUACACAUCUGACAAAACUAAAUUUAAGUGUUUAAGUAGCCAAGAUAUUACAUAGAAAGAAGUACUCUAAAUCAUUCAUGUCAAUGUUCAGAAUUGUUACCAUAAUAUUUGUGUUCAAGACCGUCCUUGUGUUAUGUGUCUAUCCCUGAUGCAUACGUAACACUGACAGCUUGUGAACUGCAGGCUUUGUAAUCGUAUCUUGUAAACAUGUUAAGAGCCAAAUUCUAUCAUUUGAAUGUAGAAUGAUAACUCACCAUUCUCAUUGAUGCAUUUUGCCAAACUAUGCCACGUGUACAAAGUGUUUGUAAAUGUAUGUGUAAAAUAUUAAAAAAUAAAAUAAAAAGCUUGAAUUUUAACCUUUU